CCUUACAUUCAGAAUGAACUCUACUCGGUCGUAUGUUUACAUUUCGCUUGUUAUGAAAGGAAACCAGCGGCGUCCUGAAUUUUAACCAAAUCGCAAUUUAUAAAAGUGAUGAGGAUUUCAAAACAAAUAGUUGCGGUUUCAAAAGGAAGUAAAUAUAGUUCAUAAGUUCACAUGUCAAGUGAGCGUUGAUUUAUGACGCAUGAUCAGUUGCCGAUCACGUUUGUUCGCACGUGAGGUGGGACUAUUAUUAAACUGCAGAGGUCCAUCUGCCAGAAGCAUGAGCUACCAGAGAACAGCAGGAGAAAGUGGAGUAGAGAGACCACCAUACACGGUGGUGGAUUCAAGAGACGGUUACGAGGAGCGGAAGUACGUGGCAGCAAAAUGGGUGAGUACCACGGUGGAGAGUAUGACACGGCAGAGCGCGGUAUCCACGGCCUUUCAGCGUUUAUUCAACUACAUCUCGGGAGAAAACGAUCUGAAAACCAAAGUAGAUAUGACGGCGCCCGUUGCGACCCGUAUAGUCCCGGGGGCCGGGCCUAAUUGCGAGAGCACGUUCACGGUGUCCUUCUACAUACCGCCGAAACACCAGAAGUCUGCUCCGGCACCCACGCGCAACGGCGUGUUCAUCGAAUCCUUCCCACAAAUGACGGUCUACGCCAGCGGCUUUGGAGGAUUCGCAGACGACGGGCAUUGGGUCGAACAUGCCCGCGAGUUGUCCGAAAAGCUGAAGCAGAAGAACAUUCACCGGGAGUUUUAUUUCACUGCUGGCUACGACAGUCCCUUUAAGAUGUCUAACCGAUUGAACGAGGUCUGGUUCGUGAAAAAAGAUUCGUGAGUCAUUGCGGGGCCAAGAAGCUGUGCAAAGCAACUGGAACUGUGUCGCGAAAACGUGUGCAAACUUUUUUCACGGGCGUGGUUCGUAGUUAAAUAAAGUACGCUGCGAGUUGUCAUAUGCGGGAGACUGUUUUAUUGUUUGCAAGUACCAGUAAUUGGUUGCUCAAAAUAUUCGAAUAAACAGAUGAUGAAUGUGUGCAGUGUUAAAAAAAAACAUUGGUCCCUACUGUGAAUUUUUACGCUUCCGGAAGUACUGCCAAUUCAUUGAACAUAUGAAAUUGGAGGUAUUUUGUGUUGUUGUUUUCAGAAUAAAUAAAAUAUUUAUUCAUUUUCAUUUAUUUUGAAUGCGUUUGCUUUUCGCUACGUCUAAUGUUCAUAAAGUAAUAAUGCACGUUAUAUACAUUAUUGAACACGG